AUGGGAAUAUGUUCGACGUUGGCGCAAGCAGCUAUGCAGCGCUGGCGUCUAGCAAAACGAGCGGCGACUAAAUACACGUUGACAUUUACACGCUGGAAUGCACAAUCACACGUCACAUUAGCGACAAAAUGUCAGGGUAACUCACAAAAAAUGUCAUGCACAAAAUUUCCAGGCCGCCCUCCUCCGGCAAUGACAAAUCUCUUCAGCGGCCUAACAUCCGAUCGUUGCAAUAUCACCACCCAUUUCAUGAAACAAGCAUCUUCGCCAGUGUCCUUACAGACAGUAACAUAA